UAGCCUUUUGAAGUAUUUAUAUUCUGAGUUUAAGAAUUAACAGUUCAUAGUGGAGAGUUGGUAUCAUACUUGUUGGUUGUGUCAUAUGUUUGGAAAUGCUUUAUUACUUGCAGGGUGCAAAUUAAUAUAGAUUAUGCAUAUCCUAGCUAGCUCUUGCAUAAGAAUAGCUCUCGCAUAUUGCCAAGCUAGUAAGAAUUCUUGUGGUGUUUUCCUAGUUUCUCCUUGAUUUUUAGACCCCUUUAAUCCCUAUAAGUAGAGGCAGAUUCCCUUUAAUCUGUUUGUAGCACAUCCACUGUCCAAUAUCUUCUCCAGAACAUGACCUCUAUAACCUAUAAUACUCUCUCCACAUUAUCCAUUGUGGUACAUCUAUUCUUUAAGAACCAAUGAUCGAUUUUGGUAAAGAUUUUAAAAUUCCACUCCACUCCUUUUUAAAAUGGAUGCUUUUCUUGGCUUAUUAUUCUGAUGCUCAAGGAUUUUAGGCACCAUUCUCUUGUAUGGAAUUUGCAAAUUCUUUAUGUUUUGUUGAGCUGAUAGAUGGAGACACUAUAAACACCACAACUAAUCAAGAAAAUUGUGCUAUUACAGCAAUAGAAUAUUUAAGCACUGUCACAACAACUGUAUCAAUCUGUUGCUGACAAAACACAGAGUGAGCCCGAUUCAUACGGUAUUCAUAUAUAAACUAUUUUCCUACAAUUAUGCCCCAAAUUAGAAAUUAUGAUAUGAUAAAUAUGAGGUAGACAGGAGACGUUGAUUCCUGGAUCUAGUAGGGCCAAAACCAUACUCAUCUUUCAAUUAUUAUUAUUAUUAUUAUUAUUAUCUAAACUAUGAUGUUGCAAAUUAAGGUUGGAAGUAGCGACCAUUACAAAUAAUUACUUGUAGGGUGUCUCAACCCAAUUUUCUUGGGUCUGCUCGUAUCGUGGCUCAAGUUUUGUAACAUGUUCUUGCUUGGUGACCAAGCUUUAUAUUAACUUGUCGUCAUGCUUUGUUGUCUCUUGACAAUUGUCCUAAAAAGAAAAGAAAAAAAACAUCCUUUUCAGGAUGCAUUGCAGCCCUCCUGUCACCUCACCAUUUUUCUUUUCUGAUUCAACUCGCCUCCUCUUUUACGUUAAAGAAACAAAACAAUUUCAAGAAGUUAUUAUAUUAUGGUUUUUUGAAUAAUAAUUAUUCUCCCCUUAAAACAUUAGUGGGAUCUUUUGUGGGUAUUUUCUUUACUAUUCUAAUUACUCAUAAGUGAAUAAUAAUAAGAUUUAAGACACAUAUUAUUAUCUAAAGAAAAAAAAACACACAUAAUAUUAUGUAUUCUUCAUCCAACAAUUGAACACAAUAUAAUAUGAAUUGACAUGAUCCAGUUGGACAGUUUUAACAGUUACUUGUUGUAACAUAAAAAUAGGCUAAAUAUAGAACUGUAACAAAAACUGCAGUUAACAAAAAUAUCCAAUAAAAAUUGCAUUAAAAAGAGAAAAAAUAAUAAUUAAUGAUCACUUGUAUGGUAUUUGACUUGUCCAAAAGAAGAAUGGAUUUUUUUAGUAUUGGAAUCAGUCCAUGAUGAAGACAAGAUAGAGCAUGCAUAUACAAUAAAUGAGAACUUGUAAAUAUAACAUUAUACAUUAAUUCAUAUUCAUUUUUCAAAUACAUAUUAAUUUCCAAAAGUAAAAACAUCACUAAACAAAUGCUGACUCAUUUCUUUUCUUUUUCUUGUCUUUGCUUUCCGUUACUUCUCUUUUUCUUUGGCCUUUUCUUCUUUAUAGUAUUAUUUUCGCAGUAACAGUAACAGUAAAUAUUUAUUUAUAUGGAGAGAAAUAUAUAAAGGCAGAAAAGCCAUGAACGUCGGUAAAAAAGAGUAGAGGUGAUACGCGUCACGGCCGGGUGAAUCAAUUGUUAAAAACACCCUGGUUUAUCACUCAACAUAAUCCUGUGCUUCACGUUUUAUUCUCUUUCUGAUGCGACUUCCAGUUCUAUCUUACCAGCAUAGAUUCCUUUCUGGGCCCAUGUUGCCCUGUCACUGCAUGACCACCAAUACGUAGAAGCCACGUGUCAGAUUUACAGCAGUACUUUUGCUAUAUCAGAUAGCUUGUUGUGGAAGAAGCUGUGACCAAUUUAAGGUGACAGGCGAAGUCAAAGGAAAGGAGUCAUUUUUUUGUAGGACCCCACAUGAGGACCAGCAUCACCAAUCUCAUGCUUCAACUGAAAGCUAAAAAAGGAUUUUAAAAACAUCAUGAUUUGUGAAUCACAACGCAUACAUGAUUAAACUGAUCAAUCUUGCCAACAAUCACCCCAACAAUGUCUUUGUUUUGUGUUAAUUGAUGAAUCAUGAAAAAGGAACUGAUCAAUGGCUUAAAAUCAUUAGUCAAAGAUUGGCGACAUGGGGUCUAUCUAUUUUGUACAAAAAUUUUCAGUUUUUCCUUUAUACUUUAUUCCUUCCUUCUUUAGCAGCAGCAGCAGCACACAUACACACACAUAACACACCAGAACCAUUAUUCUUGAAUUCCCCCCCUUCCCCAGAAAAUUAAAAAACUAAUAAUAGGCUAAAAGACAACACAAUAUCCAAAAAUUAUAUCAUAUAAAUUUGAAAAGACUACAAAUAAAGCUGGUAAUAUUCCAAGAAAAGGUGACAAAAACUUGCAUGUACUAAAGAUUUCUUUAUUUGCAUGCAUAUAGAUUGGGACUGAAGAGAUAGAAAGAGAAAGAGUGUGUGUCUGGUCUAUUUUCAAGAUUUUAAUUUAUGUUUCUCGAGAUUGUAAGUGAAAAAGAAAGAAGCUUGUGCUCAAAGCACACUACCCUUUUUAUGUUUUCCUAUUUUCUCAUCCAAAGAAUAGAAGCAAAGCAUCUCCUAGUAGUAGGAGGCUCUUGUCACACCACCACAUUGUCUUUGCUUUCCCUUGAUCCACCAAAGAUACUUGGCAUCCAUCCAUGACUGCUGAUACAACCAUAGCCAAUUACUGGCUAAAUUGGAGGUUCUUCCUUUGUGCCAUUUGGGUCUUAAUUUCUACGAUUAUUGCAUCACUUCUUAUAUGGAAAAAUGAAAACUUUCACAAAGUGGAACGAGAUUGUGGAGAGAACAAGAUAGAGACAGAAGCAGAUUUGUAUGACGAUGAAACUUGGAGACCAUGCCUGAAAGGAAUACACCCUGCGUGGUUGCUAGCUUUUAGAGUUUCUGCUUUCUUUGUGCUUUUGGUGCUGUUGAUUGUUGCUGCUUUUGUGGAUGGAGGCAGCAUUUUUUACUACUAUACUCAGUGGACUUUUACUUUAGUCACUAUCUACUUUGGGAUUGGAUCAUUUCUCUCAAUGCGUGGAUGUUACCAACAUCACAGAAGAGUAGGUGGGGAUAGAGUUGGUAACGUAGAGGUAGAUUCAGAGCAAGGAAAUUGUGCUACUCCUGCAGCUGGAGAAAGUUCUAAUGCCUCUUCCAUAGGAAAGACGAGUGCAAACUCCAAUGAGCAACUUGACAUGCGGAAACCAGCAGGGAAAUGGGUUUAUGUCUUUCAAAUAGCUUUUCAGAUGAAUGCAGGGGCUGUUAUGCUCACAGAUUGUGUAUUUUGGUUCGUGAUCGUUCCAUUUCUUGCACUCAAGGAUUACCACCUAACUGCUUUGGUUAUAAGUAUGCAUUCGAUGAAUGCUAUUUUCCUGCUUGGCGAUACUGCCUUGAAUAGCCUGCGUUUUCCCUGGUUUCGGAUUGCAUAUUUCUUCAUAUGGACAAUAGUAUAUGUCCUAUUUCAGUGGAUUCUCCAUGUUUUUGUCAAAAUCUGGUGGCCUUAUCCAUUCCUUGACUUGUCAUCUACAUAUGCACCUUUAUGGUACUUCAUUGUAGCAGGGAUGCAUAUCGCAUGCUAUGGUGUUUUCACUUUUAUUAUAAAGCUGAAACACACUCUAUUCUCCAGAUGGUUCCCUGACUCCUAUCAAUGCCGAAGGUAGCUGGAGUUAUAAAACUUAAGGGGCCAAGCUAGUUUCAACAUCUCGAAGAAAAUGUGAAUUAUCAGCAUAGGAAGUUGCAGAAAUAGGAUACUGGAAAACAAAAUACCAGAAUUAACACAAGAAACUGUUAGCAUUCUUUGUUUUUUUUUUUUUUUUUGCUAAAAAAAGAAAAACUGAUGCAAAAAGAUCAAUCAGUUAGCAAGUUUUGGAAGAUACAAAAUGGUCAAACAGGAAAGCAGCGAUCUUAUCUUGUAUACCCAGUGUUAGCAGAUUUGUAAUUUGUAAUUAUAUAAAGAUACUGGGAAGAAUUUAUAAAAAAUUUCUAAUUCCUGUC